UGGACAUGCUGCAGGUGGUGGCUGUUAAUGAGGCUGGUGCCGGAGGGAGUAUCUGUAGAAUUAGAGCAGACCUGAAUGAAAACGGCAAAACUCAGUGUACAAUUAUCGGCUGCAAUGAGUGUCCAGAGCAGACAAGGAAAACGGAGCUUAUCCGCUAUCCAAAGACUACAGUUGGUGAAGGAGCAGAAUGUGUCAAUGUGGCUGCAGCCUGUGUGGAGAACGCGGUACCACUCAGCUCCAGUCUGGAGGUGACAUGCUGCUCUGGUGUCUGGCGGGUUAAUGAGGAGCUUCGGUGCAAAUGUAUUGACAACUACAAAGCC